CUACCUUCCAACUCAAACCCACACUCCACUCCACUCCACCACAACCACAAUUAACCAACCAAAACCAAGAAGAAAGGGAUAAUCAAUCAAAAUGGCCGACAAACUCCGCACGAUCCAAAACCUCGAGGCGAUGCAAGCGCGGUACAUCGGUACUGGCCACGCCGACACGACGAAAUACGAAUGGGUAUCGAACAUUGUCCGGGAUAGCUACGCCUCGUAUAUUGGUCAUCCGCCUAUGUUGUCGUAUAUGGCGUUGGGAAUGGGCGAGUCGAAGGAAAAGGUUCGCGCGGCGAUGAUUGAGAAGAUGGUUAGAGGCGCGGGGAAUCCGCCGGAGACGCAGGAAUAAUCUAUUACUACUGCUCAUAGAGUGAUUGGUGGUGGGGUUUGAGGAUUGGGUGAGAUGAGAUGAUAUGAAGGAGUUGAGUGUUUGAUGAUGAUGAUGGGAUAUUGUGGAAUGGGAUAGAUGAUGGAUGGUGGGAUUGUGUCAUGCAGAUGCAUCUGCUACGGACACUUGCAUACUACUGGAGUUCAAUGGUGGGUUAAUGGCGUUGGCGUGGAGGUUUCAUGCAUUACAUUAUGUUAAGGAUAUGGAUAAGAUGAGAUAAUAUCAAUCAAUUAUCUCAUGCACAACGCUAC